CUAAAAUAAAAAUUCUAGAUUUUUUAAAAUUCUCCCAAAUGAUUAGAUUCCCUUCUCAAAAUUAAUGAGAACCUCAACAAUUUUGAAAAUUUUGAUAUUAUUUUUAAUUAUUGAAAUAUUGCUAGAAUGUUCAGGAAAGGCUGUAAAGCCUGUAAAGGGACAAAAUAAAAAGAAAAAUGAUGUAACCAAAAAAAUUCAUGAAACAAAAGGAAAAACGAUAAGCAAAAAAAUCGUAAAUAAUAAAAAGAAAGGAAAAACAAAAGAAAAAUCAAAAAAAUCGGAUGAAAAAAAUCCAGUCAAAAAAUUUGCCAUUGAUGCUACGAAGAAGGCAGCCACUACAGUAGCUGAUGCAGUUGGGGCUUCUAUCAUGCUGGGGGCUGGUGGAUUGCCUUUGUUGGGUAGGGUUUUUAUUAUCAUCGAAUUUUGA